AUGAUUGCGUUAUAUUUACAACACUGGAGAUUGCACUCGCCCCACACCACACGCCAUGGCUCGUCCGCGCCAGAUGUGACACUAUCCCGAGAAUGCCCUCUAGAGUCCUGGACGGCAUCCUUCUCCCCGGACAGCGACCAUUACAUCAUCCUCUUCGACGCAGUGGUAGGAGAUGAUGAUGAACCACUGCGGUUCCAUCGCCCUCGUGCCCCCAUUUAUGCAUGGAAGAAAGCGAAAUGGUCUCGCAUUAGACAAAUGACAAACGCACAGUGCAACAAACGCCUUAAAGAGAAAAUGAGCGUUCACAAGAGAGAACGACUACUGACCCCUGCCAUCCGUAUCGCAACAGCUGCGGCGGUUCCCCACGGGGGUAGAGAUACUGCCCCUUUUUGGACUCCAGAAUUAGAUGAAAUCGAAAAGAAGAUUCACAAUUGUAAACCUUCUGUCUCCAGAGAAAGGCUGGUAGCUCGCAGGAGAGAAAUGCUAAAACAAGCAUCCCAUAAGAGAUGGAAAACCCUCUGUAAUAACAUGGCCGUGGCAGACGGCUGCUGUUGGAACAUUUUAAAGAGGAUUUACGCCCCACGCCCCCUCAGUACCCCGGCGAUUAAGCUUAACAACAAGGUACUCACGGAAAAUCAGAAAGCCAAGCACUUUAUCCGUUUAUAUUCACAAAGAGCUAAACGGCACCCACAUUCCUACCCUCCACCACCCAUUCCAGUAACAGAUACAGAAUUCAUCCCCAUUACAGCAGCAGAACUGGAACGGGCACAGCGUCUCCUUCCUAAAGGGAGGGCUGCAGGUCCAGAUGGCAUCUACGGUGAGGCACUCCAACACUUGGGACCUCGUGCCAAAGCAGAGACUCUUGCCCUCUUCAACGAGAGCCUCCGUACGGGCGUUGUUCCAGUCUCUUGGAAAGUAGGCAUUAUUGUACCACUCCUUAAAUCAGAGAAGAAAGCCACCGACUUGGAUUCGUUCAGAGCAGUUACAUUCAUUAGUUGUCUGUCCAAAUUAAUGGAACAGAUCAUUGCAGCACGUAUUAGAGAUGUCAUUGAAACCAAACUGACUCCGCAAGAAUCUGGAUUCAGACCUGGCCACUCUACGUUAGACCAACUAUUGCUCCUACGCGCAGCCCUCACACGACCCACCCUUGAUUCGCGUACAGGUGCAGUAUUUGUAGACUACGCCAAAGCCUUCGAUACUGUAGACCAUGAUCGAAUAGUUAGUGCGAUGUGA